UGGAACUGUCGCGUUUAAUAUAAUCCAGUUGCAGUAUCAAGUAGGAGUACAAGUUGCAGUACAUUAAAUGUACAAGAUUCAUACUAUGAACAUCAAUUUGGAUGUCAUAAAGAACUUAAGGACUAGCUAUUUACAAACAAUAACGUCAAGUUGGAUCUUGGAUGUUAUAAAAGACUCAGUUACCAUGGCUACUCCCUAUGUCCCUCCCAUUCUUUAGCCAACGCUCGAUGCCAUCUCACCGGGACAAGAGCUCGCCGCCGGCGACAAGCUCGUGUCCAGCAAUGGCAGGUUCGCCCUCGGCUUCUUCCAAACCGACAGUAACAAGUCCUCCUCCAAUAGCACUCCGAACAUUUACCUAGGCAUCUGGUUCAACACCGUCCCCAAAUUCACCCCUGUAUGGGUUGCCAACGGCGAAAACCCUGUCGCGGAUCUCGCGUCGUGCAAGCUCCUAGUUUCCAGCGAUGGCAACCUCGCCAUCGUUGCAACGACCCAUGCCAAGAACUCCUCCAUGGUCUGGUCCAGCAAAGCCAACAUCCCAACCAACACCACCCAUGCUGUUCUCCUGGACGAUGGAAACCUUGUCCUGCGUAGCACUAGCACAACCAAUGCAUCAUCCACCAUUCUCUGGCAAAGCUUUGAUCACCCGACAGACACUGUUCUGCAGGGUGGAAAGAUCGGCUGGAACAACGCCACCGGUGUGAACCGCCGUCUUGUCUCCAGGAAGAACACCGUUGAUCAAGCUCCUGGCAUGUAUUCCUUCGAGUUGCUCGGACACAACGGCCCUACCUCCAUGGUCUCCACGUUCAACUCCUCGAAUCCGUAUUGGUCCAGCGGAGACUGGAACGGCCGGUACUUCAGCAACAUACCGGAGACGGUAGGACAGACAUGGCUAUCACUGAAUUUUACAAGCAAUGAGCAAGAGAAGUAUAUCGAGUAUGCAAUUGCAGAUCCCACGGUGCUAUCACGUACCAUACUGGAUGUCUCCGGCCAGCUGAAGGCGCUUGUGUGGUUCGAGGGGUCGCGGGAUUGGCAAACCAUCUUCACGGCACCCAAAUCGCAGUGCGAUGUCUACGCUUUCUGUGGACCUUUCACGGUCUGCAACGACAUCACAUUCCCCUCCUGCACCUGCAUGAAGGGCUUCUCAGUACAAUCACCUGAAGAUUGGGAGCUAGAUGACCGAACAGGUGGAUGUGUGAGAAAUACUCCGCUGCUCUGCAACAGCAAUAAAACUGCAGCAGGCACGGCAGAUAAGUUCUAUCCUAUGACUUCUGUUCAGCUUCCUGAUAAAGCCCAGAGCAUAGGAGCAGCUACUAGUGCAGAUGAAUGUGCAGCUGCCUGCCUCAGUAGCUGCUCAUGUACUGCGUAUUCCUACGGUGAAGGUGGCUGCUCUGUUUGGCAUGACAAGCUGCUCAAUGUACGACAACAAGGUAAUGGUGUUCUCUACCUUCGCCUUUCUGCAAAAGAAGUACUGGAAAGUAGGAGAAACAAUAGAUGGGGGGUGAUCCUUGGUGCUUCAAUUGGUGCCAGCACUGCUGCUUUGGGUUUGAUCUUUCUGCUGAUGAUUUGGAUCAGAAAAGGGAAGAGAUAUAACCUCACAAUGGAUAAUGUUCAGGGAGGCAUGGGAAUCAUUGCAUUUAGAUACGUUGAUCUCCAGCAUGCAACUAAAAAUUUUUCGGAGAAGUUGGGGGCCGGCAGUUUUGGUUCUGUAUUUAAGGGGUCGCUAAGUGACUCGACUAUCAUAGCAGUGAAAAGGCUUGAUGGUGCUCGCCAAGGAGAGAAGCAAUUCAGAGCUGAAGUGAGUUCCAUAGGGAUAAUCCAGCAUGUAAACUUGGUUAAACUGAUUGGGUUUUGCUGCGAAGGUGACAGGAGGUUACUUGUUUAUGAACACAUGCCAAAGAGUUCUCUUGAUGCCCAUCUCUUCCCAAGCAGUGGUGCAGUUUUGAGUUGGACUAUUAGGUACCAAAUAGCCCUCGGAGUUGCAAGAGGACUAGCUUAUUUGCAUUCUAGUUGCCGAGACUGCAUUAUACACUGUGAUAUCAAACCAGAGAACAUACUUCUUGAUUCAUCUUUCACUCCUAAAGUUGCAGACUUUGGAAUGGCAAAGUUUCUCGGAAGGGAUUUCAGUCAUGUCGUAACUACAAUGAGAGGAACCAUAGGAUAUCUUGCUCCUGAGUGGAUAAGCGGAACAGCUAUCACAUCAAAAGUGGACGUUUACAGCUAUGGAAUGGUUUUGUUAGAAAUCAUUUCAGGAAGCAGGAACUCCAGUAAACAAUCUUCGCGUGAUGGCGUGCAUGAAGCUUGUUUCCCCGUGCAAGUUGCACGCAAUCUUCUGAACAGAGACAUUGACAGUCUGGUGGAUGCAAACUUGCAUGGUGAAGUGAAACUGGAGCAGGUUGAAAGAGUUUGCAAAGUCGCAUGUUGGUGUAUUCAAGACAAUGAGUUUGAUCGACCCACAAUGAGUGAGGUACUACAGUUUCUCGAGGGUCUAUCUGAAGUUGAGACACCUCCAAUGCCAAGAUUGCUUCAUACUCUUGCAGGAGGUUUAGAUUCGAAAAUAAUGUAAUCACUAGUUUUGAUCGUUGUUCGUUCACCUAGGUAGUUCUACACGUCACAUUUCUCAUCUGCCGUUUAUAUCGUAAGCUUCCUUGCCGCUUCAUUAUGCCACCCUUGUAAUGAUUGUAACCAUUAUUCCCACUCCCAGCAGAUUGUUAAACUUACGUGUUACAUCCUAAUAAAUCAGGGGGAAACUUGACCUUUGGUCUGAA